GGGCAGGAGAAAGAGGUGGAGGAAAAGGAAGCUGAUGCUGAUGCCACGGUUGGAUGCGACACGACCGAUGCUGUGUCUGGAGACCCUGAACCUUCAGCGUCCAUGGAGGAAGAAAGUCUUCCAUUAAGCAACCGUAUGAAGAAGAAAAUGCAAAAGAAGACUUCCUACCAGAAGACAAAGGAGGAAUUUGAGGGAGUCAUAGAGAAGCGGAAAAAAAAGAAAGAGGAAUACCUGAAGAACAAACAGCAGAGAGAAGAAGCAAUUCAGAAAUACAAACAAAAAAAGUUGGAGACAUUUCAGAUGCUGAGCAAAAAGACUAAGAAAGGACAGCCAAAUCUGAACCUCCAAAUGGAAUAUUUACUUCAGAAGAUCCAAGGAAAUGACAAAUGACUGCUUAAAGCUUUAAGAUGGGCAGUUAUGAAAAGCUUCCAGUUGUUGACAGAUUGGAACUUUUUCAUAUUCUGUAUAAAAUAAAUAUGCAUUGUUUUGUUGCUAAACAACAUUACACUGCUAAACAGUUUUAUCUCAGACCACAAGAUGGCAUUGUAAGAUGUGAAAUUUUUUUUUUUUAAUGAAUAAAUGCUUUAUGAAUGAACAAUGCAUGAUAUUUUCAGAAAACUGAUAUAAACCAAAUGCUCUGAAAUAAACAGCAUUGUAGCUGUAAAUUAGUAAAUUUUAAAUUUGUUAUUGUAAAUCAUGCAUCAUCCAUUUGUUAUCUUAGGAUUGAAGCCCCCUUGAUAAUCAAUUAUUUUUAGAGUGACUUUAAAAGUCUGCUGCUACAUACAGAUGAUUUGUUGUGUUUCACCCAGGUUGACCGCUCAGGAGAGUUUCCUCUGCUGCUCUCUGAGCGGUGGGUGGGCACAGCUUGUAACGCCUCAGGCCGCUUCCUCAUGACAUCACAUGGUUGCAGAAUGACUUGAACAUUCAUCUGUGAGGCAAGACCUCCUAAACUCAGAUCACGGGCAAUGUUGUGUUGGUUUUGAGAGGGAGAAAAGCUUUAGGGUCUUGUUCAUGCCAUUUUUAAAAAGAUAUCUGCAGCUAGUUUUCAGCCUACACGUUAUCAGUGAGCCCAUCGUCUGAUGCUGCUUCCUGCUUCUGUUGUCAUGAAGACUGCAAGGGCCCCGGACUCUUGACUGGCACUGAAGUGCACGCUGCUUGCACCGAAACGGUGCCACUCAAGUGUCCUUAAGAGCCCGCCUGUCAUGGAGGAGGAGGGCAGGUUGAACGGCGUGGCUCUGAGCUCUGAGAGGAGGGGUUCGGACUGGGGUCGCAUCACCCUGUUGGACAAGACCAAGGAGUUUUUCCAGAAAUGCGACGUGGAGGGACAAGGCUUCAUCACCCGCACCGAUAUGAGGAGGCUCCACAGAGAACUGCCUCUGUCUGCAGAGGAGCUGGAGGAUGUUUUUGACUCCCUGGAUACAGACCGUGCAGGUCACCUCACACUGGAAGUCUUCUCCUCUAGAUUUAGUCAGUUCCUCCAUGGCCGGAGAAUCUCUGUUACCGAUGACCAGAAUCAAGCCUCCGGCCCGGUCUUUAAGGCAAAGGAAGCUCUUUACCAAAGCCAGUGGGAAGCCAAGCUGUCGGGGGUUGAGGAUGAGGAAGAGAGACAUUUCAGUAUGCUACUGGAAAGUCUGGGAGCCAGUAAUGUCUUUGAGGAUCCAGGAGAGGUGCGCAGCCUUUGGGCCCAACUCAGGCGAGAUGAGCCUCAUCUGCUGUCCAAUUUUGAAGAAUUUCUGGCCAGGGUCACAUAUCAAAUCAAAGAGGCGCACCAGGAAAAGAAGGAGAUGGAGAGCGCCCUCCAGAGGAAGGCUGCCACACAUGACAGUGAGAUUCGCUAUUUGUAUGAAGAGAUGGAGGCUCAGAUCAAAAAUGAGAAAGACAAGCUUCUACUGAAGGACUCAGAGCGCCUUCAGUUACGCAGCCACGACCUGGAGCACCAGCUGCUGUCAAAGGAGCGGGAGCUGGAACACAUUUUCCAGAAGCAGAAACGGUUAGAGCUCCAAUGCCACCAUCUGAACAGUGAGAAGCAGGAGAGCCACGUGGAAAACGUCAAGCUAAAAAUGACCAACGAUGAGCUGUCCAGGGCGUUGGAGAGCACCAGCCAGGAGCUGGGGCUGGCCCAGGAGCAGCUGACCAUGCUACAGCAACAGGCGGCCCAGCUGCAGCAGGAGAAAGAGAUGCAAGUAGACGCACUGCUUGUAUACCAGGAAAUGUAUAGAGUAACUGAAGGACUGCAGAGGGAGAAGCAAAGUCUAAUGAAGCAACUUGACCUCCUCAGAGAAAUGAACAAGCACUUAAAAGAUGAGCGAGACAUUUACAGCGGUGUGCCUCGAACCUCACUCCGAAAGAAGCAGAAGCAGAGGGCCGGGCUUGCCGACCUAUUUGAUGACCCAAGCCUCCCAGCAGAAAGAACCGCACUGUUGGUGGAUGGGUCCUUCCAGUCUCUGGAAGCUUUGCCCACAGAGCACCUUCAUAUCGUGUUUGUUGCUUCCUCCUCAUGCAGUGAAGAUGACAUGCUCACCCCUUCCUCAGCCCUGACUGCCAGCUCCCCUGCUUGUCAACAAAGACCUCCGGUGAAAAAAAACUCACAUUUAGCCAACGGUAACGAGAGCCCAGCCCAACCCAAACUGCACGACACGAAGAUGAAGGCCAAAAAAGCCCCUGCCAAAAUGGCGGUGACCAAGAAGAUGACGGUGAAAAGCAGAGAAAGGGCAAAGAGAACGGAAACUGGAAGGAAGCCCGCAGGAGAGGAGGAGGUCCUGGAUGCCCCGCCAGACGGAUGGCCCCUCCGGCGGGUCAUCUCCAUCGAGGAGGACCACCUGCCGCACCUGCUCCACGGGGGGCCGCAGCCUUUACUGCACCAGCUCAGUGAGGAGGAAGACGAGAUGGACGACGAAGCCAAGAGCGAGGCUGAAUCUAGUGUCAGUGUGGCCGAAGAUGUCACCGUUUCAACGCUGUCCAGGCAAACUCUGGUGUCCACUGAAACUCUUUCUACGAGGAGGUCCUCCUCUUCGAGAGCAAAGAAGAAACCGUUGUCUCCAAGAGGACAGCCUGUCGGGAAGGAGACUCAACAAAGGGUGAAAGAAAGAGCGCUGUUUGCCCCAGACCGUCUGUUUAAGGUUGUCCUGGUUGGAAACUCCAGCGUUGGCAAGACUUCCCUGCUGCGCUCCUUCUGUGAAGGCCGUUUCCAGCCGUCAACAACUGCUACUGUGGGUAUUGACUACAGUGUGAAGACAUUAACCCUGGACAAUAUGCAGAUAGCCAUGCAACUUUGGGACACUGCAGGUCAAGAAAGGUACCGCAGCAUAACCAAGCAGUUCUUCCGGAAGGCAGACGGCGUGGUGGUGAUGUAUGAUGUCACAGUGGAGGAGAGCUUCAGGGCUGUGCGACCGUGGAUCAUCAAUGUCCAGGAAGCAGCUGGUGAAGGGAUACCCAUUCUCCUGAUUGGUAACAAAAUGGAUAUGGAAAGAGAGAGGGAGGUGCCAUUUAAAGAUGCAGAUCAGCUGGCUUUUGAAAACAAGGUGAUGUUCUUUGAGGUCAGUGCCUACACUGGCAAGAAUGUAACGGAAUCCCUGACUCUUCUGGCCAGAGUGUUAAUGGAGCAGGAAGACAGGGUGAGAGACACCACAGUCAUCCUCAGUGCUCAACCUGUAAAGAAAAAAGCCUGCUGCAAGUGA